AUGGAUAAUCUCGUCAAAGUUACAUUGAGGUCUCAGACCAUAUUCAGUGGCUUUCUUUUUUUAUUCUCUGUGAUUUCCUGGUCCACUGUCAUUAAUGAACUUAAAGACUAUGAAGGCAGAGACAGGCUGCAAUUCAACUGUAUGCCGGAAGAAAUUAAAUUCAAAACACAGCGUUGUUAUAACAAUUACACUUCUGCCAUGAGUUCAUACCUAACACCGCUGGGUUUUGCUGGUAUUACCUUUGGUGUGUCGGGAUUUGGCUGGCUGUUUGUUACUCUGCUAGGUGUCGAGAUGUGGCGACGCAUCCGCAAAGAGGCAAAUAUAGAGAGACAAAAAAAGUUGGAGAGACUAUGUUUUUGGGUGUUUAUUUUUCACAUCUGCGGUCAGUUUGUCCUUCUAGUUGUCAUGAUCGGACUGUUCUUGCGUUACCAGAAACUUAAAUAUCCUGCGGAGUAUAGUUGUUUUUCAGCAAACACAACGCUCACAUGCAACGACUUACGAUACAAAGAGAAAUCAAACCUCAACAUUGCUAUUAUUGUGGUCUUUUCAGUAUCCAUUGUAUUCUGUUUAUUGACCAUAAUUCAUUUAGCAUUAUCAAAGGAUGAACUAUCAAAGCUAUUGCUAGGAAAUAUUGAAGAAGACCAUAAUGGGGAGGAGAACAUACCUUUACAAGGUGAGUUACUACAAUGCUAUCAACAUUAUAUUAGUCCUCAAUGCUGCCUCACUCACUAAAGAGCACCUUCCUUGAAACUAUUUUGAUCAAGCAAGGGACCUAUUAAACUGUAGUUGUCUUUAUAGUUACCAGUUACCAUUUUUAGCUUAGCUUUUAGUAAGCUUUAGCAUCAAUGAUUGAAAAGAAAAUGUCAAAAUUUUAAAUAACUCCUCUUUCUGAGAAGAAACACAGAGCUUUAUUUGCCUCUGUCAACUCACCGUGAAGGAAAAAGUUUUUUUUGUCACUUCUUGCAAAUGCUGUCAACAGCGUCGGGCUACAAUCGAGGUGAGCUUUGUUUAUCUGCAGUGUUCUUUGCCAUGUUAACUUGCUGGCACGUACAGUUUUCGAAAUUAUUUGCUUAACUUUUUUUCUCCUUAAAUUUACUUCUAUUUCUACUCAAAAUUGGUCUUGUGAUGAACUCCCGAGUUCACAAAACAGUUAAACAAAGCGGCCUCGUUUUCCUCUGUAGUGGUAAAAACAUUGCUUUGAGCGUAUGAAAGUCAACUACAGUAAAUCACUUCACAAUAAAUCACGCUGUUUAAACACCAUGGAAGUCUUUUCUGACCUUCAAAAUCAUCGACACUGGGAUAUUCUUGUAUUUUCAAAAAGGUCUUACUCGACUGAAACUUCAUGGUCGCGAUUUUGUUUUGCUUUAUAUAUAUUCACCGCCUUUCGCUUUGAAUAUCUAAGCAAUGUCCACCCUUUCUAUGGGUUUACCGGCGUGAUAACCCACGCGGGAUGUUGGGAGAACACUCGAAAAGCUUGUAAAUCACUCGCCUUCGGCUCGUGAUUUCCAAGCAUUUCGAGUGUUCUCCCAACAUCCCGCGUGGGUUAUCACACCCGUAAACCCAUAGAAAGUAUGGCGCAUUGCUUUCAUAAAAUAACUUUAAGUUUUCUAUGAGUUUACCAGCACAAUAAACCAUAGGUUUUUAACCAAUCAGAAUGCGCGUACUAUCUUAGUUAUUUUAAAUGUCAUAGUCCGAGAUAGCAAACCAAUCAGAUUGCUUGAAUCACAAGAUCACUCAGUGUGUAUAUACUAAUAAGUCAUAUAAGCAGCAACGAUUGACAUUAAUUAUACCCACGUAUAAUUAUAUACUUUGAAGUAAACAUUGAUUGUCAUCAACAUUAACUGCAUGUUGUUAAGCUUUGUUAGCAAUUGAAUAAAAAACUAUUUAACUCAGUCAGAAAUUUUCAGUCCUUUGAAAGACUGCUUUCACUAAACAAGUCAUGAAAUUUUCCCUUGACGUUUUACCUAUAGAUUAACACAUUUAUAAGAAAUUAUGAUAUUGCAAUUGCUGUUGUUUGGUAACCUGACUGACUUUAUGACAUGCACUAGGUCUACCAGCCUACCUUGCAUAUUCAUUAAAAUGCAAAAAUAACAGUUUGGUACUAAAAAUGUUCUGAUACCUGCAUAUGUGUUUGUCACUAAUCCCUGUCAACGUCAGAGAACUGAGUGACUUCUAAAUUUUCAGUCUUGUUCAAAUUUAUUCUUGUUACUGUUACAGAUGUUGUUUCAAAACAAGAGUCUGCUGAUAGAGAUCACUCAAAAACAGCAGGUAAAGAAAUAGGUUAGUCUGUGACCUGAAUCCUUAGUCUAUAAGAGCCCUUGAUGGGCCUUUGUCACACGGCACCCAUUUUGUCCUGCGAAACUGAAGUAGCUUUGUUUCCUGUCUAGCCUCGUUCCUAAGUUUUUCGCUGCAAGGUUGAGGGUGAUAAAACAAAGCUUUUUCAAUCUCUCGGGACAAUAAUGAAACAUUUGUAAAUCAAAGAAAGACUAUCGUCAACUCGUGGGUACCUUGUUUAGAAAAUAAUCAAUUAGUUAUCACCUCUGGUUUUCCCACAGUGAAUUUUAGAAAAUGAGAGAAAUUCAUAUUAUAAAUAUACUAUCCUUGUUCUGGAAACACAAUACUUUUCUUGCUGUUUAUUGCACUUUAGUAACAGUUAUUUAAGUAUAUAUUUAAAAACAAAACAAAAAAACAGCAAAACAAAUAAGCAAACAAGACAAAACAAAAAAGAAAAAAAAAGGAAGAAGGGAAAAAGAAGGUCAUUAGCGGGAUUUGAACCCGGUACCUUCGGUUUGACCCGACCUCACAUAGCCACUACGCCAUUGAGAACGGUCAUUUGAUUUGACGAAAAGUCUCAAAUUUAAUGCCUUUUCCAUGGAACUUCCGCCGGCAAACGACCGGGGCAAACGAUCGAGCCAUAAAAACGACUCGAAGCAAUGGGAUGAAAUUAAGGCUAAUUGAAACCAGGCUACUGACAAGUAAACGCAUUUCAUACAAAGCCGACACAACUCCUCCGCGAAGUAGGACGCAAAACAUUAGCUUAUGUUUUCUUAUCUCGAUUUCCGCUGUUAUUUUAGAAAGGUAAUGCUCAAACUAACAUCCAUUUCCCCCCCGUGAUCUUGGGGAGUCCUUAAGAAGAAAAUACCAUACAUUUCACCAGUCCGUAUUUUAUAGUCCGUAUUUUAUACCCAGUCCGCAGUCCGUAGUCCGCAGUCCGUGUUUUAUACUGACCGCCAUAAAUUCAUUCAUACACAUAACCUACUACAGUACUACAAGGUAGGAGAUCAAGCCAGCGUCGAAGUUGAAGGAGUCGAAGAGCAAAUGCUCAUCUUCUUCUCAAGUUUAACGCCUGGACGGGUCAAAGGCUUUUGAAUCGUACUAAUUUGAAAGAUUCCUGCCUGUCUUAAAUUUGGUAAGACCUCUAUCCUAACCGUGCUGUAGCGCACGAUGCACGCUCGCAGCGAGGAAUUUGAUGCUACCGAACUUCGGCGAGCGCGUCCUUCUUUGGAAACGAUAGAUCUUCGCGCUCUCGAGUUCGGACCCGAUUAAUUACGAAGUGCGUCUACUACGAGUGAGUGAGUAACUCAUUUGCAUAUCUCAGUCCCUGCAAUAACUCGUGGUACGCUCGCGCGUACCCACGAGUUAAAAAUCAUCACAUUGCAUAUCUGUUCAAAGAUAAAGUUCUUAAAAUUUUAUGGUAUUUAGUAUCCGACAGUGCUGAGUCCAGACCUGGAGAUAAGGGGGGCCCAGUCCUCCAGACCUUAUAGAGGGGGUGGGGAACGGUCUCCCAAAAAUUUUUUUUGGCCCUUCAGGCCUCAUCAGUUUGGUCUUAAAAUAAGAGGGGGGCCUGGUCCCCCUGAGGCUCCUCCCCUGGAUCUCCCACUGUCUGAUAUCCAAACCACCGUCACAGUUGUGAUCUUCUUUGUUUUCUCUUUAUGAAUUAUUCUUUAUGAAUAUCACUAAUGAGUUGUAGAAUGGAUCUGCUUAAACUCUCUGGAAUAUCUUUAUCUAUGUGUUUGAGUAUAGUUUUUUUACGGUUCUCGAAGUGAAUGCAAACUAAAGUUCCGAUGUAAACAUGCAAAUGGAAUUCAAAAUGCCUACAGUCCCAUGUUUUCUGAGCAUUGCAAGUGUGGACAAACCUACUUGCCGUAAAAACCUGUAAUCAAGUACUUGUGGCGUCCAAGUUUGCAGGAUACUUUACCAAUAGGAAAUGUGGAGGAAUGUAGUCUGCAUUGUUUUUGCAAAAGAGAGCCUAACGUCGUGACAGUGAAUAUUUUGUAACACGGAGUCUUGGGUCUGUUUGUAGGUUUAAGGUUGAGCUUUGAAUUGUAAGGUUCAUUGUAUAGGCCACUUUUAUAUUGCCCAUAAUACACCUUGGUUACCACCCAUAAUUUGGCAAAGUAUUGUUUUCUCUUUUCAAUUCCUAUGCAAAAUUUGCCUGGAGUGAGGCCGGGGGUACAAGGCAUGUAUUAUCCGCUGUAUCAUAUGUAGAAGUAGCGAAUUGCAUUUAAUUCAUACAUGUCAAAAUGAACAUUUCAGAUGACUUAAUGCACUAAUUAAACUGAUCUGAUCAUGCGCAGUGUUGGUUCCUGUGUUCGCAGAAAAAUAAUUUCUCAAACUUGUUCGUAAAGAGAAAACAAAGAAAAUCACAACUUACCGUGACGGUGGUUUGGAUAUCAGAUAAUUAUUAUCAUAAAAUUUUGCAAAAUUUAUCUUUGACUUUCUCCAAGAAUUGUACCAUAAAUGAUUGAUUAAGCGCCGCGACGCUUAUACGAGAGCGGCGCUUAUUUGAGAGCAGCACUUAUUUCAACUACGGGUAAAACAGUGAGGGGAAUAUGGAGAGAAUUAAGUGAGGCGAAUACUUGGUAUGCACGAUUUAGUAUGAAGUAUGGUGAUCUUAAACCGUUAUAUGAACCUGGGUUCAAGAGCUUCCCUACGUUAAAACCUUAGAAAUCACGAGUUGGUUGAAGUCCUAUUUCUCAAGGGCUAUCAAGCACCAUAACAGAGGUGGGGCCUUAAUAUGUAAAUACCCAAAUUAGUGCCAUGGUGGUGCUUAUUAAUGUCUGUUAAAUUAUUUUUGGUAAAGGUGCCGCGCUUAAUAGAUUAUUUAUGGUAGUUCAUUUGAGAAGUUACAUCAAAAACUCCACUCAGUAUUUCAUCCGAUAUCCAGACACAUGCACCUUGAAGUCAGUCUUUAAAAACUCGGCUACACCUCGUUUUUCAACCCACUUUUCGGAGUCUGGAUAUCGGAUAAAACCAUGCCUGUUGUUUUUGAUAUAUUACUUUUCAAACUCGUUCAUUAUUCAUGAUCAUACAGUCAAAAGCCAAUAAAUGACAAUUAUUUGGGUCAGGUGGAUGAAUCUUGAUAUCUAAUGAAACACCAGGUAAAACACCACCAGGUUUUCAUCUGAGGUGAAACAUGUUUUUCAUCUGAGAUCAAACACUUGCAUUUUAAUGGUGUUUUAUUGAUUAACACAACUCAUGGGAACAAUGAAAUACCAGCUAGAGAAAACAUUUCACUGCAUAAUUUCUUAUUGUUUCAUUUGAGAAGACAUCACGGCCUCGUGCUUUCAUCUGUUUCUCGGUGUUUCGAACCCAUGAUGAAGCACUCUCCCUUGUUUUUUACAUAUUACACAAAAAUGUCUGUAGUCUCUUAGUUCAUGUAGAUUCAGCAUGGUAAUGGAUCAUUUUAAAUCUAUAGUUUUCGGUACUGUCACUGUUCUGUGUCUUAGACUCCUCAUUAAAACUCAUUUUGAAGUCUCAAAUGAUUAUUAAACUCGGCUCCACAAAAUAUGAUUUUUCAAUGUCUAUUAAUUAUUUGCACAUGCUGAAUAAUUAUUGAUCUGCUCACCACCUGGUACUGACAAAUCACUAUAUUUUGCUCACCCUCAUAAAAUAAUUAUGUUAGUUCACAACGGCUUAAUAGACUUGGUCUUUAGCUAUGAGUGUGUUAAUGCACCAACAAUGCUCGUGUUGAGACACCUGUGGCUGGAGACAUGGUCAACGACCAUGGCAAUCAGUGUACGAAGCCCUAGAGCUUCUGCUUGCUCUCUUCCAUAGGCUACGUCUGAUAUUCACAAGUGCAGUUAAUUUUAAAAUUCCCCCACCAAAUGAUUCAUACCUUAAUUAGACUAUUAAUUGACGUUUAUUCACCGUAAUGUAUCUGUAUAAUACACUGUAGUUUUUAGGUAAUGUUAUGUUUUUUAUGCAAUGGUUAGAAUCCGAGAUGUCAGAAUCUUCACAGGAAGGCAGUGAUGACAUCACAGCCCAGGUUACAACUGGACUCCCAUCUAAAGAUGAUACAAGCAGCCCUCAAGGGGACCCUCCUGAGCUUAAUAAAGUUCUUCCAUCCUCCGCUGAUAUUAAGGCAAUUACCAAACCUUCAAAACAUGCUGAUCUGCCAGUUGACAUUCUGUUACUUACAGUUACAAACUGUGAGUUCUUAGCUUGUUAUAGUGAGCUAAAAAACCCCUAUAGAUGUUGGUUUGAUGGUCUUGGCUAUGUUUACUUUUCUGAUGUGAGUCAAAGUCAAGAGGAGUUAAAAGUUGCUUUACUAAGAUGUUACAAAAAUGGUAUUGGUCCUGGUGGUUCUCUUGUAUCUGUAAAGAAUGCAGCCUCCGUGCUAAGACCCAAAGCAGUUAUUUCUGUAGGCACAUGUAGUGGCCUUGACCCUGCAAAAUCCAAGUUAGGAGAUGUUGUAGUGUCUGCCAAAUUAGCAACAUAUGCAUCGAAAGUAGUGACCAGCAAUCAAGAGCAGUCAACUGGUAUGAGAAGUUAUGUGAGCAAACGCUUUCUGAAUGUCAUUAAAAAUUGCACUGAUGGAUGGCAAGCACCUUUGAAGAAUCCUGAAGCUCAGCAAGUUCAAGUUUAUACUGAUGCUGAGUUUUUGAGUGGACCGGAAGAAGUCAGAGCUGAGUGGCGGCGUGAUCAACUUGCUGAAACCAAUCCUCGGGCAAUGGCAAUAGAAAAUGAAGGAGAAGGUGAGUUGACGUUUUAUGCAGCCAGUGUUAGGAAGGAAGUGCAUGCAGUCAGGUCUCUUUUAACUUGUAGAUGUGUAUGUUGCUUUUGAUUCAGUGUCUAUUUCAAGGCAUUGUUCAAUUCAUUGUUUGCUUGUUUGAGUUUGAUAUUAUAAUAUAUCUUUUUUUGCUGUAAAGGUGGGCCUGCUCCCAUUGAAUGGGUCUUCAUUCAAUGCUCAGUUGCCAGAGCACAGUUUGUCAUGCUAAUGCAGACGCCAUGGGUUCAAAUUCCGUUAGAGCCCCCCACCACCCUUCCCCCCUACUUUUUUCACGUUUCGCUUUGAUUGCUGUUUUAAUUACAAUGAUAAUAUCUGCAAAUUAAACCCAUUAAACCCUUAAGCGUUUGAUUAAUCUUCAAAAAUGGGUUAUCAGAAUAGUUUCCAGGGGUCCUUUUGAUGCACAUGCCAAUCCUAUUUUUGUAAGCUUACGAAUUCUAAAAUUUGAAGAUAUUAUCAAAUUCCAAAUAAGUAAAGUUAUAUACCUUAAUAAAAAGCACCUUCUUCCUAACAGUUUCAGUGACAUGUUUUUGCUUAACUGUGACGUACAUUCAUUUAGAAGUAAGAAUUCCAUCCGUUUCUCCUACUACAGGACAAAUGUAAGAAAAUUUUCAGUUUGUUUUUAAGGGCCCAAAAUAUUUCAUUCCCUUACUUCUGAAAUUCAGACUGCCUCUAGUAUUGCCUUGUUUAAUUCUAAACUUAAGUCAUUUUUUCUUGGUAUAAGUAUACUUUAGUUCUCUUAAUGCUUGUGUGUACUUUUUCGCUUUUUUUCUCAUUUAUUCUUGCAUUAUUUUUUUUCUCACCUUUCCUUUUUCGUUUUUUGCACUUACACGCCUUAUCACUUUUUAUCUAUGUUCUUAAAAAAAUUGUGCAUACUUAGAGAGUUAAAUUGUUUUGCCGAUGUCAGUAUUUUAUUUAUUUAUUAUAUAACAUAAUUUUAAAGGGGGUCCUAUUCACAAGCCUUAUUGGCUUCCUUGAACCCCCUUGCCCCAUCUCCUUUUAAACUUAAUACGUAUGUGUUUGUUUUUGAUGGCAAAAAUGAUAAUAAACAAAGAAAUAAAUAAAUUGACAAAUGAUAGGUGUUGGGAAGGUGCCUGGUGAAACUGAAAAACUGAAGGGAGCCACAAGCGAACGUGGAAGGUAACCGUGACAACCCUACAUAUAUGAGCAGCACCUUCCUGGCACUGUCACUGAGACCUUCAAAGGAGAAAUGCGCAGAUACUUACCAAAAAAACAUCUAAAGGGAAGUGAGGGCUGGGAGCAAAAAACAGGUUAAGUUACUGCAUGCAAAAGCAACAUAUGAUACUGUGAAUCAUUAUAUUCUGUUAGAUAAACUUGAGUACUAUGGAUUCAGGGGGAUUGUGUUAGAAUGGUUUCGUAACUUCUUAUCAAAUAGGAAACAAAUAGUUAAUUAUAGAUCCGUUGAGUCAACAAAUUCCAUCGUUACUUGUGGGGUUUCCCAAGGGUCUGUCCUAGGCCCCUCGUUGUUUUUAGUGUAUGUACAUGACAUUUCGGAAAGUUUAAGUUUGUUAUCAUUUUUGCUGUUUGCAGAUGAUAUUAAUUUAUUCAUCACUGACAAAGAUAUAUAUGUUAUUCACCGGCCCAGGUCGGUCCAUAUUGGGAGAAACUGUGCGCGAGGUCUGAGUACGGCCGAGGGCGAUACUCAGACCAAGGGCAUAGUUUCUCCCAAUAUGGACCGAGAUGGGCCAGUGAAUAACACUUUUUUCCUUCUGAGAUUUAAAACUUUUAAGAAAAUUUUACUUCAUCCUCCAACCUAUGUGUGUUGAAGUAGGACACGUCUCUGUUGAUGAAGCACGCAAUCGAUUACAAACCAAAACAAAACAUUAGAACAUGAUUUUUAGCUCGCUAAUUUAUAUUAUGACAAGCUCUCGAUCUUUUGAAAUAGUGAAAGGUUUUUGUGACUCGGUAGACAAUUCACAAUCUGAGAGUCAAACAAGGAUAAAAAGAUUGACAAGUUUAAUAUUAAAAGCCCCGGAAAAAAUAUACAGCAAAGAUUUUCUUUGGCUGAAUUACUUCAUAAAGAUUAGUUCAAUCGAGCGGGAUGAAAACUGCACAAAGGCUUUAUAAAAAGAGCUAUUAACACAUACCAAUCCGAAAGUUUUGAAAUGAUUUUGAAUAAAAGAAGGCAAUGUGAGUAUUGAAGAAUUUGAAAUGAAAGCAGCAAUAACGGACUGCUGGAAAAGUGAUUCGUAUUGUGUAUUUAAGAUUGAAAGCUAAGUCGGUAAUCAUUGACAACAACAUUUUCUGAUAAAUAGAAAACUAGCUAGCGAGGCAAAAUUCAAUGAAAAACGGCAGAAUCUAGAUUCAGACAGCAAAAAUGGAAAACAAAACUACAAACAGAGCAAAAAUGUUGAAUAAAGAGUGCACAAAAGCUUGUUCUGAAGAAUUAUCCACACCUUUAGCCCUUUUGUUUAAUAGAUCCUUUAGUCUAGGGAGAGUCCCUGAGCAAUGGGAGCCUGCUAACAUUUCACCGGUCUUCAAAGCAAAUGAAAGAGACCUUGUGGAAAAUUACAGAUCUAUUUCACUUCUGUCUAUUCCAGGAAAGUGUCAGGAGCGUAUAGUUCAUACUGCAAUUUAUUCCCAUGUCUCUGGUUACCUAUCUGAUUGGCAGCAUGGUUUUGUUAAAGGGAGAUCUACUGCUACACAACUAAUUUUGACUCAUCAUAAGUGGGCAAAAACACUUGAUGAAGGACGUCAAGUCGACGUAGCCUUUUUAGACUUUUCUAAGGCUUUCGAUCGUGUUCCCCAUAAUGUCUUGCUGCACAACCUUUGUAAUCUUGGAAAUGGUGUAAAGACUACCUUAGUAACCGAACUCAGAGAGUAGUCAGAGAUGGUUAUUCUUCCUCUUUGUCGGAAAUCACUUCCGGUGUACCACAAGGCUCUAUCCUUGGGCCAUUGUUUUUUGUAAUCUUCAUCAAAGAUUUACCAGAUGUAGUCUGUUCUGAUAAUACCAUUGCACUGUAUGCAGACGAUAGUAAGAUGUUUAGAGUAACUGACUGUGAUGAAGAUCUGAUUUACUUCCAAGAGGACCUAGACAAACUCCAUCAAUGGAGCCAACGUAAUCAGAUGGACGUCAACACUAAAAAGUGUAAGAUAAUGAGAAUCACUAGGAAACAAGUACCCUUUACUAACAGUGUGCGUAUAAAUGAUACCGUUCUUGAGGAGGUUUAAGAAUUUAAGGAUGUCGGAAUAUUGACUGAUGGCAGUUUAUCCUGGAACUCUCAUACUGACAUGAUUACUGCAAAGGCAAACAGAAUGCUGGGCCUAAUAAAAAGAACGUGCAAGGAUCUCAAGGAUAAAGCCACUUUAAAGACCUUGUUUUGUUCCCUCGUCAGAUCUAAUUUGGAAUACUGUUCGGUUGUCUGGUCUCCCUUCACAAAGAGAAACAUAGACAAACUUGAAAGAAUUCAACGUAGGGCAACCAAGUUUAUUCUAAAAUCCAAUGAUCAAUACGAUAUUCGUUUAAGAGAGCUCAAGUUGUUAACCCUUGAACAGAGACGUUUCUUAUUUGAUGUCACUUUUUUGUUUAAGGCCCUCAAUGGCUAUAUGGAUGUGGAUUUUUCUCAAUUUUUGGAUCUUUAUUGUCAAGAGGAUCGCUACUCGUUUCGACAUUUUGAUAAUAGAUCAUUAAAGAAGAGAUUUGCGAGGACAAAUGUACUUAAAAACAGUUUCUUUCAUAGGAUAGUGGAUAAAUGGAACAUUCUGCCUUGUGAGAUCCGCUCUGCUUCAAAUGUCUACAUUUUUAAAUCCAAAGUUAUGAAAUUUUUACUGCAAUGUAAAUAAUAUGUAUUAGCUUGCAUUUUUUUAAAGUAAUAAUACUGCAACAGGUAGUUUUUUUUUUACAUAUAUACAUACAUAUAUAAAAUGAAAUGACGAAAUUCAAAUUGAUCAUCAACUUAAAAGUGCUCAAUGGGUUUACCAGAGCUUUUAAUAUGUAAGACGUAUUUUAUUUUUUCUUUUUCAGCGGUUUACUGAAAAUUGUUUAUCCGUUGCUAUGCAACCCAGCCUAUUAUGAAUCGCUACCGUUUUUUUCAAAAUCACUCUAAAUCACUAUAAAACACCAUGUAUUGUUUCUUUUUGGCAGUUGCCUGAUGAUUGACUUCUCAUGAAGCAUGAAACUCUGAGUAGCAAGUAAAUGUUUUUUACCUAGUUCAAGUCUACGUAUCUACAUACAUUUUUAUAUUUUUAUAUUUUGUAUCAUAAUUUAUCUUAAAUAAGGUGAUUUGUUUUUAUAUGGGGUCGCUGUAACUGUUUUACAAAUCGUCCUUAUGGCCUUUACCUUACUUACUGCCAUUAAAUUGUAAUAAGUAAUGCGUAUCUGCAUGUCAAUUCUUUCCAUCGUGAAUACCGUUUGAACACUCCAACUUUUCUUUGAGAUUACAGCCACAUAGUCCCGUCAAACCAGGUUGAAGUGACCUCUGAGACCUGAACUUCGAUUAUCAAUACCAUUUAGUGGUUUCAAGAGCUGGUGGUGUAAUAUAAGACCUUCACCACGUUGUCCAUGUACUAUUGAUUGACAGUUUUCUCGCCCAGCGCGAUUACUUUUUCUCUCGGGAGCCUCUCAACAAAUUGGAAAUAUCCGCACUCACAGAAUGUGAGUUGAAAUGAUUUUCGUGGGCCUUCCGGGCAGGCGCUCCCUCUCCCCUUGCGCGCCUGUUCUUUCUUGCGCACCCUACUUCCAAGCGCCUGCUACGCAGGCCAAGGUUGAAGUUAGUAUACAACCACAGCUUAAAAACGUACACUUGGCAGACCUUUGAACCUCCACUAGUCUAUGACGGUCUUGUUUGAUCUAUAUUAUGUAUGAAAUAAAACUGUUUAUUAACAGUGUAUGCCAUUAUUUUAUUUUUACAGGAUUAUUUACAGCAGCAUUUGACUGUCAAAUUGAGUGGUUAAUUGUGAAAGGAAUAGCUGACUAUGCAGAUGGUUCUCAGUUGCCUUCAGAGAGUUGGUCUUCCUGCGCUAGUGUGAUGGCAGCAUCCCUUGUUGCACACAUUUUGAGUGAACCCUGUGCUUUUCAUUCAUGGCCUCAUUAUCAAGGUCAGUAACAUUUCUCUUUAAGUUAUGUCCCUUUUUGCCAUGUUGUUUUACGGAAUCUAGGGUGGGUUUCUUCCUUGAUGCAAACAGUAAGCUUAACAAGUACAUUACAGUAUGGGAUAUGUGUCACAAACACCGUUUGACACAGACAACAGACACUUUUCUGCGUCCUCAGUCACCAACUCUAAUACAUUAUCGUCAACCUCGCUUUACGGACACUGGUUAUCUGCGCGCUGUCUAUGACUGAAUAUCUUAGCAGUGAAAACCUAACAGAAAAAGCGAAUGACCUUUCAAAGAUUCUGUCUAAUACUCAGUCCACCUGGCCGAUUAGCAAACUAAACCCCGUCAGUACAAAAAGUAAAGUUGCGUAUACCAAUCAUUCCAUUGCCGUGUUUCAAGAACAAGGGAAUUUUCAUGGUAAUUAUAAAGAGAGACUAUGAUAAAUGUUCGCGAGUUUUCUUUUGGAUGAACUUGUUAAUGUUACAGUUGAGAAAUUUAAAAUGUCUGCUUUAGUCUUUAUAUCGAUAAACAAGUGUUUUGACUGUUUUUUCUGACAACCCGCUUAAUACGGACACCCGGAUAAUACGGACACUAUGGCAUGCCCCUUUCGUGUCCGAAUUAAUCCGGGUUCUACUGUUUCUUUUUUUAAGUACAUAACUUUUUUCUUAAAUGUAAGUGAGAGGUUUCUCUUUGCUGCAGAUUUAUCAGAGCAGAGCUUUGCCGGCAGAUCAAAGGAACAAUUACCAAGUCCCUCAGGUACCAAUUUAUAGCCCCUGUCCAUACGAAUCCAGAUAUGUCAUGAAAGAUAAUAAUCAUCGUGGAUAAUGUGUAUAAAGGGUUUAGUUUUAUCGUUUGUCUCACGAUUGUCACUUUGAUAUUGAUCACGACAUUUCGACCGCACACUGCAGGUCUUCAUCAGGCGAUAGUGUCGAUUCACUGAGUUGGACUAUUUGUACCACCGUGGUUGUUAGUGAUUGGUGUAUCACAAACCUCGCUCAUGGUUGGUAGGUUUCGAUCCAAAGAAUUGUUGUCAUUGUUGGUAUUGUGAGAGGAAGAAAUUGAUCCCUCAGCGAUCCGCUGAGGUAGAACUUCCAUGUUUGAAACCGCAUUUUUUUACACGAAUAGGACGCGGAUGUAUGAGCGGAUUCACUGGUUUAGUUUUGACGAAAGGCCCCCCAAAAAUAUACGGUUUCAUAAAGAUCCGAAUUCGAGUAGACAGGGCCUUGCCUCUGUUAAGUUCACUUGUGUAAUAAGCUAAUCUUUGCACUCUUUCCCUUAGCUUAUUUGUAAAACGGACACUAUGGCAUGCCCCUUUCGUGUCCGAAUUAAUCCGGGUUCUACUGUUUCUUUUUUUAAGUACAUAACUUUUUUCUUAAAUGUAAGUGAGAGGUUUCUCUUUGCUGCAGAUUUAUCAGAGCAGAGCUCUGCCGGCAUAUCAAAGGAACAAUUACCAAGUCCCUCAGGUACCAAUUUAUAGCCCCUGUUCAUACGAAUCCAGAUAUGUCAUGAAAGAUAUUAAUCAUCCAUGUUUGAAACCGCUGAGGUAGAAAUUCCAUGUUUGAAACCGCAUUUUUUUUACACGAAUAGGACGCGGAUGUAUGAGCGGAUUCACUGGUUUAGUUUUGACAAAAGGCCGCCCAAAAAUAUACGGUUUCAUAAAGAUCCGAAUUCGAGUGGACAGAGCCUUGCCUCUGUUAAGUUCACUUGUCUAAUAAGCUAAUCUUUGCACUCUUUCCCUUAGCUUUUUUGUGAAACGAAUAAGGCCCGGUCCAGACGCCGAACUUUUCAUUAGCCGCACCUAAUACAUUGAAUUAAGUACGUGAAAAAAUCGGCGUUUGAAUCAAUUAGGAACGCCUGUUUCAAUCUGGAGCAACUCAGCCGUUCUUUUCUCUUAGCCCGGCCGAGAAUUUCCCCUUUGGAGCUACUUUGGAACGGCUUUGAUUCAGACACCGAACUUUUCAUGUAACGAACCUAAUGCAUAAAUUAUUUUAUUAUUCAUUCAAAAUGUUUCCCCGAUUCUGAUUGGCUAAAAGCAUACGCAUAAUUCACCAUAACCAGCUAUUGAUGACCAAAUUUGAAAGAAUUUGCGUUUAAUGAACCGAUGACGUCAAAAGUGCAGCUUUUUUGCAGGUUAAUGCACCGUUAACCGAGAAGACCUGGGGACGAGGUUGAGUUGUUUUGGUUGUGAGAACAAAAAUGGCGGACAUUUCACUCGUUUCAAGAGUAAGAACUAUGCAAAAUAAUAGCUAAAAACAUGGCAAGAACAGCAAGAAGACAACUCGAAGGGCGACUGCUCCUAUUUGGAGAAUAUUUGCUGAGCUGAACAAACCCUAAAUGUGCACUAUCGAAGAUGAACUUAACAUCCAUGGAUCGAUGGAGGUAAGCAUGUUUUAGCCUUGUUAUUAAACUAGGAAUUAUUUCGAAUGAAUAAUAAAACAAUUAUUGAAUUCGGCUUUCGUAUCAUAUGAAGAAUUAUGGAGAUCUCAUUCAUUAAUUGUUAAAUAGCGUACCGUAUUUCCUCGAAUAAUGGCCUGGGGCGAUUAUUUCUUUUUUCGCACCAAAGGGGGGCGAUUAUUCGAGGGAGGCGAUUAUUUCAAUUAUUUGUUCACUGGAAGUCGUGCCCUAAAUAUUUUGUUUUAUUAUCCCAUUAAAUAAAAAAAUUAUCACAUCAAAUAAACUGAACAUGGGCUUUUUAAGUGCUCCAAAUUUGGUUCCUUGAUUAAUUUUCAGAGCUUGAAUCAUCACUGAUCAGUUUUGUUGGAUCAGAUUCAACUUCAACUUGACGUAGGGGGAUAAAAGAAAGAGAAGAUGGCGAGAUGCGUCGGGGGGAGUCGAUUAUUUUAAACAUUUCCAUCGAAGGGGGCCGAUUGGAGGCGAUUAAUCUAGGGGCGGCUAUUAUUCGAAGAAAUACGGUAUUUUGUAAGCAGUUUGACCGAAAUUAGCAUUUUUUUAAACUUUCUUCAGCUGCAAUUGACAUCGGCGCCUGAAUCAGUGCAGCCGCUCUAAAUAAUUUGGGUCGGCCGUAAUUAGAAUUAGGUUCGGCUCAUGAAAAGUUUGGCAUCUGAACCGGGCCUAAGGUCCUCCUAAGGCACCCUUAUGGAUUCUGAACAAGAUUUACGUAACAAAACAACAACAACAACAACAACAAUGUAGCUUUUAGAGUCAUAUGUAAGGUCAAUGAACGUGUUAAAAAUAUCAUUUAUGACUGAUUUUUUAAUACUAAAUUGGAAGGGGAGGCCAGCACAUGCAAUGUAAAAUAGCCUGUUCACAGACCCUCUAUUUUCUCUUAAAGUAAUUCCCUUGAAAAUGACGUAUUAUCCAGAUUUUUUCAAAGUUGGCACAGAUGUCAGUCAUAUGUAGUACAUUCAAAAACUGCAAUAAAAAGAUGGGGUGACUGUGCUUGUUUUCGGUCUGUGUACCUGUUAUCCUGUUUUUCUCCUACUUACGCGGAAAUAUCGCAAAAACUAUGAAUCUGACUAAAAACUCAAGCCAGUUUGUUCGUCUGGGCUAUAUUUCCCUAGAAGUGAAGUGACCUAAAACAACCCGAUCUUGGAAAAAAGGUAGGGAACUGGAUAAUUUUAACAACCAGGGAAUUACCUUAAGAGAUCGUCCAGCGCGCGUAUGGAAGUAAAACCCGCUGGGGAUUUAUUGCUCGCAGGCGCAAGGGGGUAAAGCAUGCUUUUCGGUAGCAUUUGAAAGUUUUGGAUGCAGGGGUUCAGCUGGCGGACUUGUACCGUUCGUACCACUGGCGCGAACGUCGAGUGCCGGAGGCACAAUCUUUAAGGGGGAUCCGAAGGCAUGCUCGGCCUUAGGAAAUUUUUAAAAUUAGACUCUCUAAAUGCAAUUUCCUACGUUCCCUGGACCGGAAGUGGUUAAUCGGUAAAAUAAGGGUCAAAUCUGAUUAAUAAAUGAAAAAAAAAAAAAACAAGAGAGAGAAGAAAAGAAAAGAAAGAGUUCCAUUGUUAAAUAAAAAUUAUUGCGUGUGAUAAUUACCGGACGUUACAUGUCGAACAACCGGACAACCGGAGUCCGGCGUGCGGCCCGAAACGAAACCCAUGGGUAGGGGUGGGGAAAAGGGAAAAUAGACUUCUUUUGCUUUUUGUUUUUCAGUCUCGCGCUUCAGCUUCGCGCUCUCUCUCACGCGCUGUCGAAUGGUCGAAAAAAAAAAAAAGCAAAGACAAACCUUUGUCGAAAAUACAGACAAACGUCUGUAGACAGGCUGAAUGUGAAAUAAUUGCAGGAUAAAAGUUUUGAAAUCCAUAUCUCAAAAGUUGUUCAACAAGUCAGCCUCGCAACAGAAGGUUGUUUAAAAAAGUGCUGGUGUAAAACUUGGUAAUAAGCUUAACGCACGCAGAAUCACGCGUCUUGCUUCAGUGUUACCAUGAUCAGGCCCUGUUUUCAAUUCUUGAGAGAAAAUAUCCGCGUUAGGUAAACUGCCAUUAUCACUACUACCACAAAACUGUACAAUUAACUCAGUCCUACUACUCCAUGUGUUGGAUGGGAUAAAAGAUUUAAGAGAGUUAUUUUUUUUAUAAACAGAUGCUGCUACUGCUUUUUUGGAGUGGAGUCAAAGUCAGCUGUGCUCAUUCUACAACAGUACCGCGAGCCAGGUAAUGAUUACUCCUUGGGACCAAGGUAAUACCAUCGACAUUGAUGAGGUGUAUGUACAGUUAAGUCUGCUAAGAGAUGACAGAAAACUUGCUGGAACUACAAAAGAAAUGCUUCAAGAUUACAGUCAGAUGUUCGCAAUUCAUGGUCAUCAUCUAAUUCCUAAGAGAAUUUUAGUGUAUGGGAGGCCAGGAAUAGGAAAGUCGACAUUCACAAAGAAACUUGCCGUGGACUGGUCACGCGGAAAUAAAGAAAUCCUAGAGAAGUUUGCUGUUGUACUUUUAAUCAAGCUCCGAGAUGUUUGCAACUCGAAAGACUUCUGUGACAUGCUUAAAAAGGCCGAACUAUUGUCUGCUGAUGACUCUGUGGUUUUUAGUCAGUUGUAUGAUUACAUUCGUCGUAACCAACAGAAAGUCCUACUUAUUUUAGACGGCUAUGAUGAAUACAGCGCCGAAACAUCAUCGCCAGUUCAUCUGAUUUGGAAAGGCAGUCAAUUGAGAGAUUGCACUCUUCUUGUGACAACACGACCGCGGAAAAUGGAUGAGUUAAGACCGGGAAGUCAUGCUCAGUUUGAAAUUGUUGGGUUUGAUUACGAUAAAAUUAGAGAGUUUGCUCUCAAGUUUCUUCGUCACGAAAAACAAGUCGACCAGUUCGUUAAUUUUUUGUGUGAACAUGACCUGGUGGGCUUAGCGGGAAUACCACUUCUCCUGACAAUGUUGGUUCUAAGCUGGGAGGCUUAUGAAUGUCAAGAACCUUCAACGUCCCGCGCAAAUCUGUAUAACAGUUUUUGUCGGACGCUGCUUGAUCACAUGAAAGCCAAAACCUCUGGUGAGACACUCAGAAGCACGGAUGAAUGCAGAGAAGACCUCGCAAAAUUAGGAGAACUUGCCUGGCAGGCACUUUUAAAUGACUGUCUUUAUUUCAAGCUCAGCAACGUGCCUGAGGACAUUUGGUUAUUCCUCGAGGAGUUUAUCGAUGUUGGCUUUCUACAGACUUCUAAUCUUUCAGACUCUCCUCAUCCCGAGAAACUGGCUUUCUUUCUCCAUAAAUCGGUGCAAGAAUUCCUUGCCGCUUUGUUUUUAGUUCGUGAUUUAAACAAAGCCAAGGAACCUUUGAACUCUUUGUCUAAAGUCGACUCAUUUAAAGGGUUCAAGGAGCUGUUUGAAGUUUUCAAAUUUGUGUCUGAGGUGUCAGCAGAAGCUACCGUAGCUGUUUUUCGCCAUCUGAAGAUGAUAGGAGAAAAAGAAGGUCUAACAAGUUACAACUUCUGUGAAGAUCCUUCUGUUAAGGAACUCACAAAGAGACAAAGAGAGUUUUAUGAUAUCAGUCUCGAACUCUUCCUAUCCUGCCCCGCAUCAGAAAGGCAAGCUGUCUGUCCUUCUUUUCUACAAAGUGUUAACGGUGUUUUAAUGAUAGAUGUUAAAAAACACCUGCCUACAGUUGCUAGAGAACAUUGUUUGAGAUCAACAAGUUUUCUUAAGCCAGAUUAUGUAUUUUUUACAAACACACUAAAAGAUGAAGAUGAGCGUGAUCAAAUGUUCUCUGUCAUGUCCGAUUUGGACACUGUUGUUGUGACAUGUUAUGGUGACGUAAAAUCCAUGAAUAGGUACGAUUAUCUAGACCCUGACGAUUUUUUCGUUAAGAAAGUUGGACAUCUAUUAGUGCUCUAUUUAGAUGUAACUUACCCUAAGAACAUAAACCGUAUCAGUCCGAAAUGUAUUAACCUGCUCACACCAUUAAUAUCAGUACCAAAGUCUUCUCUUCAAGAGCCUGAUCACGUGUCACAGAAUCAUGAUGUUUGCAGCUCUUUGCAUUUAACUGAGGAAACAUCUGACCAGACUCUGACACCCUCUCUGUCAUAUUUGAGAGAGAUUAAAAUUGGGGACCCAACAAGUGAACUUGUCAGUUUACUGAGUAAUCUUCACCAUGUGCCUCGACUGUCUGAGCUAGUUUUACGUGGUGUUGGUAUGGGGAAUCAAGAGUGUCAGUUGCUUUCUACUGCUUUAAAGAAUGUUGAUAAGUUACGUAAACUGGACUUAUCAUAUAAUACACUGGGUCACGGGAUAAGUGAGAUUGCCAAACACCUACACAGUGUACCUCAUCUACAAGUGCUGCGCCUGGAGGGUACACAGAUGGGUGAAGAGGAAGUCAUCUCUUUAGCCCAUAGUUUACAGAAUGUGACCCAGUUGAGUAAACUUUCCUUAUUAGACAACCCUCUCGGUCACGGGAUAAGUGAGCUUGCCAAACACCUGCACAGUGUACCUCAUCUAAAAAAGCUGCACCUGAAUGCUACACAGAUGGGUGAAGAGGAAGUUACAGCUUUAGCCCAUAGUUUACAGAAUGUGACUCAGCUGAGUGAACUUGCCUUAUCAAACAACCCACUCGGUCACGGUAUAAGUGAGCUUGCCAAACACCUGCACAGUGUACCUCAUCUAACAAACCUGCACCUGAAUGCUACACAGAUGGGUGAAGAGGAAGUUACGGCUUUAGCCCAUAGUUUACAGAAUGUGACUCAGCUGAGUGAACUUGCCUUAUCAAACAACCCACUCGGUCACGGUAUAAGUGAGCUUGCGAAACACCUGCACAAUGUACCUCAUCUGAUAUGCCUAUUCCUGAAUGCUACACAGAUGGGUGAAGAGGAAGUCACAGCUUUAGCCCAUGUGCUUGUCUGCGUACCAGAACUGCGGCUUCUUUCGCUUAACAAAAAUCCGCUGGGCCGUGGAGUGACUGAACUAAUCAAUUGUCUCAGAAGUAGUCCGCAGCCUAUUGAUCUUUGCCUCAAAAAUGUUCAACUGACGAUGGAUGAAGCCCUUUGGCUGUGUGCUUUAGCAAAUAAAAGGGAAAUGUCCUUGAAGUCAGAUUAUCAUGUAAGUUGCUCUUUUGUAAUUUGCAUUAUUCAUGCUCGUAACACAUGUACCCAUGAACUUCCUGGUAGACGAAAAGGAACCGUUCUUCGAAGGGGCUGUGUCGCCAUUCUUAUUCAUACUAAAAAGGACAUUUUUGUAAAAGAAAACUGGUCGAAUAGUGGUCCAGUUGUGAUAACAAUUGCCUAUGUAUUUUGUCUUUCUUUAUAUGUCCUGCAGGGGUGGAGAUAG